GUCCCCCCUCCCUGCUCUCCUCCCUGCUGCCUCUGCUGCUUUAUUUCUCCAGUUUCUCAGCUCUGGAGGCAGAAUAUCUCAGUACCCUGGAAGGACACUCACAUUUGCAAGAAGACUGCAGUGUGGGGGAGCUGUGCUCUCCGGCUUCCCAUUUGCUUGAACCCUCACCCCCAUCUUUCAAGGCUCUCCCCCAGAGACUGCACACUGAAUGACUUGGCUGAGACAUGGAACCCCCAGCAAACACAAUAAGGAUUUGAGUGAGGGGGUUCCUAUGUAAAGAUGUUCAGAAGAAGCGACCCUUUCUGCUGCACCCACUGUAGGGACCCAUUGCUCCCCAUCUCUCUGCACCAACAAGCAACUGGAGAGUGACACAUUAGAAGAUGCCCACUCAAGGAUUAGGACAAAGGGCCCAAAGUGAAAACCUGACCCGCUGUUAGAACUUGGGAGGCGGCGUCCCAUUACUGCAUCUUAUGGUACAGAGACAACAACAGAAAAGAGAAGACUCAAUGACUUUUUUCCAGCCAUGCAAUGUUCUUGGAAGGCUAUCAUCUUACUAGCCCUGGCCUCCAUUGCUAUCCAGUACACAGCAAUCCGUACGUUCACCACCAAAUCCUUCCCCAUGUGUCCAGUUCCUAAUCCGGCCAACUGCAGCCCUGGCUUAGACCCCACAGACUCGCCAGACAGGUUGUGUGAGGACAAUCAACUGUCGGCCUCCAAUUUCUCCAGAAAGAUACAUAUUCUUAUCUUGGCGACCACCCGCAGUGGAUCUUCCUUUGUUGGUCAACUCUUCAAUCAGCAUUCUGAUGUCUUCUAUAUGUUUGAACCCCUUUACCAUGUGCAGUAUACACUAAUCCCAAAAAUGCCUCAGAAUAAGAGCCCUUCUGAUAGAAGAGUUAUGUUGGGGGCCAGUAGAGAUCUUUUGAGGAGCCUUUAUGAUUGCGACCUCUUUUUUUUGGAAAACUAUAUUAAACCGCAGCCUGUAAAUCACACCACUGAUAAACUGUUCAGGAGGGGAGCAAGCAAAGCUCUUUGUUCCUAUCCAGUCUGUGAUGCAUUAGGGCCUACAGACAUCUAUUUAGAGGAAGGUGACUGUGCUAAGAAAUGCAGCAGCUUGAAUUUGACACUGGCUACAGAAGCUUGCAAGGAUCAUGGACACAUGGCUAUCAAAACAGUCCGGGUGCCUGAAGUCAAUGACUUACGAGCUUUGAUAGAAGAUCCCCGGCUAAAUUUGAAGGUAAUCCAGCUAGUAAGGGACCCCCGAGGCAUAUUAGCUUCUCGUAGUGAAACUUUCCGGGACACUUACAGACUGUGGAGGAUCUGGAGGGUCACUGGUCGUAGACCGUACAAUUUGGAUGUUACUCAACUGACCAUGGUUUGUGAGGACUUUUUAAAUUCUAUCUCGACUGGGUUUAGCCGACCCCCAUGGCUGAAGGGGCGAUAUAUGCUUCUAAGGUAUGAGGAUCUGGCCCGUAAUCCAAUGAAAAAGAUGGAAGAGAUCUAUGACUUUGUAGGCAUCCCACGAGAUGGAAACGUGGAGAGAUGGAUCCUGAAUAAUACCCGUGGCGAUCAGUCGUCAGCCAAACACAAGUACGGAACUGUUAGAAAUUCUGCGGCUACAGCAGAAAGCUGGAGAUUAACGUUGUCCUACGACAUUGUCGAAUUCACCCAGAAUGCCUGUCGAGGAGUCCUAACGCAACUAGGGUACAAGACUGUUGGCUCAUCUCAGGAUCUGAGAAACCUGUCCUUCAGCCUGAUCGAGGACAGAGCUUUUACGCCUUUUGUGUAAUGUCUGCGUUUUAUUUCCUUUCUCAGUACUUGUUAAUGGUGUUGGAAAGCAGAAGGAAGCUCUGAAGAGAACAAUCAGUGUAUUUUUUGCUAGGUGUCACCUACACUUAUACUUUUUCCUCUCUGGGAAACAAGUUGCACUAAACAGAGGGUUACGUGAUCAAGCACAUAUAUUGAGAAUGAGAAGAGGAGACUCUGAAACUUGAAGCCGUUGCCGGUACCUCUAGCACUGAAUGAAUGCCUCGCAUGAUGCUAGAGGAACCACAAACUCUUCUACAGUUCUCCAGAUAACAGACGUUAAAAGGACCAUUAGCGGUCGUGCAUUGUAUAUGUCCUCUAGCGACAGCAAAUUAAACAGAAGGAUGAUUUUAAUGGGAAGACGAUGUUCUCUAACGAGGGGUGGGAACGCCGACACAUUAUCGAGCAGGUUGCUGGUUUCUCCGGCACAAUGUCAGCCGAAGACCCUGUGGGGCUGCAGAGGGUGUGAAAUGUUUACAGAAACCAAAACACGAGACAAAGAAAAAUGUUGUUCUUUGGGAUAAUAACGUUAUUAGAUGUCUAGUCUCCCAGUUGGACACUGGGCGUGGGAAUUUGCACAAGUUUUUUCAGAUCAUGUUGUGUUAUUUAUAAAUGUUUAUAAACAGGGAUGCAUUGAAGAGUA